AUGGGUCUGCCAGGUACGAGGCUUGGUGCCUUUCGAGCGUACUUCUUUGGCUUCUUCAUUUGUACUGCUGGAUUCCUUUUUGGAUAUGACACUGGCAUUGUCGGUGGUAUCCUCGAGUUCAAGUCCUAUGUCAACGAUUUCGGGUACAAAGACCAAACCACCGUCAGUGCGGUGAUGGUUAGUUUGCAGAAUGUCGGCGCCUUCCUUUCAGCACUGAGUAUCUUCUUCGUGUCCGAGAGGUUCGGACGCAAGAAGACGGUUCAAGCAGCCAUGACAGUUUUCUGCAUCGGCGUAAUUAUCCAGGUCGUACCGUCGCAUUCGCUAGUCUGCUUCUAUAUCGGGCGGUUUGUGGCCGGAUUGGGCCUCGGUGCCGGUACAGCGGUGGUUCCAGCAUACAACGCCGAGAUGGCGCCCAAGGAGAUUCGGGGAAAGUUGGGAUCGGGUAUGCAGUGGCUCUUUGCACUGGGUGUCAUGUUGAGUUACUGGAUCGACUAUGCGGUGAAAAUCACCCUGCCGGUAUCUUCGAAGCAAUGGCAAAUCCCGGUCGGACUGCAAAUGGUCCCAGCGGGAGUACUUGCAUUGGGCCUGUUUGCUUUGCCUGAGAGCACCCGCUGGUUGGCCAAGAAGGGUCGAUAUGAUGAAGCAUUUGAGAGUCUGAAAUGGAUCCGAGCGAGUGAUGGUCCCGAAGUAAAGGCAGAAUUCAAUGAAAUCAGAGUCGGCCUCGCCGAAGAAUUGCGAGCCACUGAGGGCUUCAAGAAGCGUGAGCUGCUUGAGCCCGCCAACCGUUACCGACUCCUCCUCGCCUUCUUCAUGUUCUGUGGCCAGCAGUGCACGGGUAUGACAGCGCUGGCGUAUUUUGGUCCUCAGUUCUUCAAGCUGAUUGUUGGAGAUGACACCGAUCAGUCUUUGUUGAUCACUGGGUUGUUUGGUGCGGAGAAGUUCAUCACAGUCGGCAUUUAUAUCUUGUUCUUCUCAGAGAUGUGGGGACGCAAGCCAACCCUGUGGAUUUCGGCUCUGCUGAUGGCUUGUUGCUUUGUGAUUGUAACAGUUGUCAAGGAGACCACUCCCCCUCCCAACUCCAAAGCCACUCCGGCUGGUAUCGGAAUGGUGGCAAUGAUCUUCCUGACCAAUUCGAUCUAUCAGUUCAGUUGGGGUCCAUUGCCCUGGCCAUACACUGCCGAGAUCUUCCCAACACGAAUUCGUGAGGUUGGAACGUCCGUUGCAGUGUCAACGCAGUGGCUGUUCAACUUUUUGUUCUCCCUGGUGACACGGUACAUGAUGAGUGCAUGGGGUAGCUAUGUAUUCAUCUUUUAUGCCGCUCUUGAUGUGGUCAUGGCCAUCAUUGUGUUCUUCUUUGUCAAGGAGACCAAGGGCAAAAGUCUCGAGGAGAUGGAGACCCUGUUCAACAGCAAGGCAGCCUUUGAUGUUGAUGCAGCACGGCAAGAGGCACUUCGGGAUGUGGAUGAAGUGAGUGUGCACAACAAAGCUGUAGAUUAUCCAUAA